AAACACAAAAGGCUAAGACACUCACUCUGUUCAGUCCUCUCUCUCUCUCUCUCUCUCGGUCUGAACAACCAACAAUGCCGUCGCCGGAACUCUUGGCCACCGCCGCAACUAUGCUCCGGAACUGCCUGAGCUCCGCCCUCCGCACCCGUGUAGGCGGCCGCACCACAGUGGGCACGUGCCGGUGGGCAACAGCGGACCAGGAGCGGCCCAACGGCUUUCUCUUCAACCGGACUCCUCCGCCGCCGGGGAAGCGGAGGAAGUGGGAGGACUGGGAGCUUCCUUGCUACAUUACCAGCUUUCUCACAAUUGUCAUCUGCGGAUUCGGCUUCAACUCCAAGACCGAUCUCACCAUCGAGUCCUGGGCUCACCACAAAGCCCUCGACCAAAUGAAGUUCUCUGCCUCGUCUGAUGAAUCUGACUGAGUCAUCUCUCUGAUCUUUAGAGCGGUAUUCUCUCUGUUCUUCGGGGUCAAAUUAGGGUUCUGAGAGAAUUUGUUGAUAUUAGUUGAAAUAAGAUCUUCACUCUUGAACUUAGAUCUCACGUUUUUUCUUUUUUUUACUUCAAUUUUAAAUGUCAAUUUUGAUUUUUGCGAUUAUAAUAGUAGAAGGGGAGGUUAUGAUUUUCUUGAUUUUGAUUUUCGAAUUUAACUUUUAAUCUAAGUUCUUAUUCGUUGCUCUUUAUGUUGUUAAUGGGUUCUUCACAUGAUAAUUUCUUGCGUAGUUGAAAGCCUCCUCGUCUCAAAUUUGACUCCUUUUAAUUUAAUUUUUGGACAAUUGAUGAUAUUUUAGCAA